AUGUACACAAGCAGAUAUAUACAUUAUGUAAUACUUUGUUCCGAAUGCAAUAGUAACAAAGAAAACAGUGAGCAGCCUCAGUUCCCAGGCAAGUCCAAGAAAACGUCAUCCAAGGGCAAAAAGAAGGAAUCCUGCUCUAAGCAUGCAUCUGGAACUUCCUUCCACCUCCCACAGCCCAGCUUCCGUGUGGUGGAUCCAGGCAGCCAGCCUGAAGCACCCCCAUUGCCCGCUGCCUAUUACCGCUACAUUGAGAAGCCACCUGAAGACCUGGAUGCAGAGGUAGAGUAUGACAUGGAUGAGGAGGACCUUGCCUGGCUGGACAUGGUGAAUGAAAAGCGGCGAGUAGAUGGGCACAGUUUGGUGUCAGCAGACACCUUUGAGCUGCUGGUGGACCGGCUUGAGAAGGAGUCAUACUUGGAGAGUCGUAGCAGUGGGGCCCAACAGUCACUCAUUGAUGAAGAUGCCUUCUGCUGUGUAUGCCUGGAUGAUGAAUGUCAUAAUAGCAAUGUCAUUCUUUUCUGUGACAUCUGUAACCUGGCCGUACAUCAGGAGUGCUAUGGUGUACCCUAUAUCCCCGAGGGCCAGUGGUUAUGCCGCUGCUGCCUGCAGUCUCCCUCUCGGCCUGUGGAUUGUGUCCUCUGCCCCAACAAGGGUGGUGCCUUCAAACAGACCAGUGAUGGGCAUUGGGCCCAUGUAGUGUGUGCCAUCUGGAUUCCAGAAGUCUGUUUUGCUAACACUGUCUUCCUGGAGCCUAUUGAGGGCAUCGACAACAUCCCACCUGCCCGAUGGAAACUCACCUGCUAUAUCUGCAAGCAGAAGGGGCUGGGUGCAGCUAUCCAGUGCCAUAAAGUGAACUGCUACACAGCCUUCCAUGUGACAUGUGCACAGCGGGCUGGGCUCUUCAUGAAGAUUGAGCCCAUGCGAGAAACCAGCCUCAAUGGCACCAUCUUCACCGUGCGUAAGACCGCCUACUGUGAGGCCCACUCGCCACCAGGUUCUGCCACUGCCAGGAGGAAGGGUGACUCCCCCAGAAGCCUCAGUGAGGCUGGGGACGAGGAUGGGCUGAAGGAGGGUGGUGGGGAGGAAGAAGAAGAGGAAGAAGUGGAGGAGGAGGAGCAGGAAGGCCAAAGUGGGGUGGGUGGCCCUCUGAAGGGAGUGCCCAAGAAGAACAAGAUGAGUUUGAAGCAAAAGAUCAAGAAGGAGCCAGAGGAAGCAGGCCGAGACACACCCACCAUGGGGACCGCCACUGUCCCCAUGGUCACUGUCCCACAGAUACCCUCUUACAGGUUGAACAAGAUCUGUAGUGGUCUCUCCUUUCAGAGGAAAAACCAGUUCAUGCAGCGGCUUCACAACUACUGGCUGUUGAAGCGGCAGGCACGGAAUGGUGUCCCCCUCAUCCGGCGCCUGCACUCUCACUUGCAAUCCCAAAGAAACGCUGAACAGGUAGGUGGAGUGAUGAUUGGAGGCUGGUGGAGGGAGGUUGAGCCUGAAGGAGAAGUGAAGAUUUGAGAGGAGGGGCUGGCGCCUAUCCCUGAGUUCUCUGUGGAGCCUUUUAUACAGAUGAUCACCCUGCUGGGUAGUCUGUCCUGGAAAUAACCUCCAGCACUACAGAUAUCUUCAGACCUAACAGCAGCCCUUUCUGGAUGGUAGAGGCUUGACUUAGGAGCAAAUUCUAGGGGAGAGUGUAGGGCCAGCUCAACUUUCCCUAUAGUGGGGAAACCCUCCAGAUGGGACAGAAAGGAAGAAGAGCCAGGGUGGCUGCAUUGUGUGAAUUAGAAAAAGGCGCCCUUUUCUCAAGACAGUACACUGCCAUCUGCCAAAAAAUGUGUCAUAGUAAAUAAAAAAACUUAUGAUCUUAUUAUAGUGCACAGCUCACCCAAUUGUGGUGGCCUUUAGCCGUUAACAACUAUAGUUGCUGCAUAUUUUAUGUUUUGUUUUUUUUUUUUGCUCCUGAUUUUCCUUCCAGUAUUUACAUCUUCCGUUUUCUCUCCCUCUUUACAUCCUUCAUUACUUCUGCCUUUAAAUCAUCCCACAGUGUUGUUCCAGAAAAGAAAGAAACCUUCCUGUUACUGGUGCAUUCUGUUUGAUCUUAGUUUGCCUUUUGUAACUAAGUUCCUGAAGUACAAACCUAUGUCUGGUUCCUCUUGAGCCUUCUGGACCAUUUGCUUCCCUGAAUUCUCCCUUACGUCAGUGACCUCCUCCAGCAAGUCUUUCCUUAAAUUCCCACCAUACUGCCCAUCAAGAUGCAUUUCUUUCUUUUCUUUUCUUUUUGUAAAAAAAUUUUUUGUUUAGUUGUUGAGGGACCUUUAUUUUAUUUAUUUGUUUGCGGUGCUUAGAAUUGAAGCCAGUGCCUCACACAUGUUAGGCAAGCGCUCUUACCACUGAGCCACAACCCCAGCCCCAAGAUGCAUUUCUUUUUGGGUCUUUGUUUGUCUAAGCUUUUCCGUGAUAUCAUUUCCCAUCUCUUCUACCCCUCUGAUUGUACCU